AUGGAGUUUCUUCCUCGUGCAAGAGCUUCUGUCGGCACCUCCGGUGCUGCAUGGUCCAUCUCCAUCAUCUUCCUCCUCUGCCAGGUGCUACAGGCCAAAACCCUACGGCCCAACAUGACCCUCCCUCGGGUGCCGGCGGUGAUCGUCUUCGGGGACUCCAUCGUGGACCCCGGCAACAACAACCUGCUGGGCACUCUCACCAAGUCCAACUUCCCUCCCUACGGCAAGGACUUCCCCGGCCACCAGGCCACCGGUCGCUUCAGCAACGGCAAGAUCCCCACUGACCUCAUAGGUUCUCCGCCACCUCUCUCUCUCUCUCUCUCUCUCUCUCUCUCUCUCUCUCUCUCUCUCAUAUAUCGUCCAGUCUGUUUGACUUGGCUGUCUCCAGUCUCCGAUCUGGGGAUCAAGGAGCUGCUGCCGGCGUACCUCGACCCCAAUCUUCAUCCAGAGGAGCUCUUAACAGGAGUUAGUUUCGCCUCCGGCGGCUCUGGCUUCGAUCCCAUCACCCCCACCGUGACGGUACCUCUCUCUCUCUCUCUCUCGCUCGCUCGUUCGCUUUCUUUCUCUCUCGCUGUGGCUGAGAUUCAGAGGUUGGGGAGGUUCAGAAUGUGCUGUCGCAAGAAGAUCAGCUGGAGUUGUUCAAGGAGUACAAGGGGAAGGUCAGGGGAAUGGUGGGGGCGAAGAGGGCGGCGAGUAUCGUGCAGGAGAGCCUGUACGUGAUCUGCCAGGGAAGCAACGAUCUGGCGAACACCUACUUCAACGGGCCCUUCCGGCGGCCGCACUACGACCUCCCUUCCUACGUGAAGCUCAUGGUGGACUCGGCCUCCGGCUUCGUCAAGGUAAUUCCCCUCCUUCCUUCGUCAAUGAGCAAGCACUUCGACGACCAAUGGAGAGAAUAUGAAUACUCAGGCAUAUUGCGAACGAUCGAGCGAGAGAGAGAGAGAGAGAAUCUGAGAUUGUGAGGCCGUUUGAAGGAGCGAGAGGAUAGACGUAGAACGUAUGAGAGAAGAGAACGGAGAGAAUGGAGAGAGUAGAAGAGACUGCGGAAGGAGGGAAAGGAGAGGCUGCAUGAGCUUAUGUUCUUGUCUUCUUCAGUUUUCCUCCUCUCUACGCCCAUGCUGAUGCACCGGCGAUCAGCCCGGAACGUACGGUGAGCCCCGCCUUCAUAAAACCUAGGCCAGCAAGCUAGUGAAGGCCUUCAGCCGUCCGUCCCUCACGCUGCAGCUUCCGGGAGGCGUUUCCGUGGGCAGGAAUGGAAAGUGACCCACUCUUCCUUAUUCUUUCUGUCUUCUGACGGCAGAAUUUAUACGGCCAAGGAGCGCGAAAGAUCGGCUUCAUGGGAAUCCCACCCCUGGGGUGCGUGCCCGCAGACAGGACCUUCUUCGGCGGCCCCCAGCGCGACUGCUCCGAAGAGCUCAAUCAGGCCUCGCAGCUCUUCAACGACGCCUUGGCUGUGGAGCUCCACCGCCUAUCCCACGAGCUCCCUGGCUCCAAUCUCAUCUACGUCGACAUUUACACCCUCAUGAUCGACGUCAUCCAGCGCCCCACCCACUACGGUAUCUCUCUCUCUCUCUCUCUCUCUCUCUCUCUCUCUCUCUCUCCCUCUCCUCUUGCUUUAGAGAGAUUUAAAAGACGAUCUGGUUUUCUUUCUUCACAGAGAGAGAGAGAGCGAGAGAGAGAGAGAAAAUUAUCUUUGCUUCUCUCACAUUCUCUCUCUCCCUCGCUUUAGAGAGAUUUAAAAGAAGGUUUGGUUUUCUUUUUGCACUGAGAGAGAGAGAGAGAGAGAGAGAGAGGGUUGUCUUCGCUUCUCUCUCUCUCUCCUCGCUUUAGAGAGAUUUUAAAGACGGUCUGGUUUUCUUUCUUCACAGAGCGAGAGAGAGAGAGGAUUAUCUUUGCUUCUCUCACAUUCUCUCUCUCCCUCGCUUUAGGGAGAUUUAAAACUAGGUUUGGUUUUCUUUUUCCACAGAGCGAGAGAGAGAGAGAGAGAGAGAGAGAGAGGAUUAUCUUUGCCUCUUGUGUCUGUAGGAUUCGAGGAGGCGACGAAGGGGUGUUGUGGGACGGGGAACCUGGAGGCGUCCGUCACGUGCAACUCACUGAUGGCGAGCACCUGCGAGGACCCCACGAAGUACGUCUUCUGGGACGGCUACCACCCCACCGAGACGGCCUACCGCCUCCUCAUCGACGAGAUCGCCCGCAAAUACCUCCACGCCCUCACCGGCUGA